AUGGAGGUACCAGAGAGGAAAAAGCUCAAGCUGAAGAUCAGUCGGAACCCGUCUGUAUCUAGCAGCGGCCCUGGGUCCGCCAAUCCAUCAAGCGCCAUUACCUCGUCGCAACAGGUCGCAACACCAGACCAUAUGUCUCCUGCCGGCUCCGCGGCUAUACUAUCUUCCACAGACGCAGCUAUCAUGCCACCACCUGCGGUACCACCGACUCCCACUGAGAAUAAGACACACAAGAUCAGGCUGUCCUUCAGCAAGAGCCAGCCAUCGACACCGAUUUCCGAGACACCACCAGCAUCUAGGAAGCCUCUCCCAACCAACAGGACUGCUCUGCCAGCCGCUCCGCCGCCAGGCGAGGUACCAGCCCCGUUGACUAUGACCAAAGCAGGGCGGACAUCGAAACCGACGGCGAAGAAGCGCGCUAAGGCCGACCCCGAUAGUGGCGAUGAGGCCCGGCCGAACGGAAGCGCCCAGGAGCCCGCGAAGAAGAAGAUGAGGACGAUUAAGUUGAAGUCAGGCCCCGAUGCCCCGAGCGCCCGGAGAAACUCGUCAUUCAGGAUCGCUAUCAAAGAUUCCCACAAGUCGACGUUCUACCGUGAAAAUGGCUCAGGCUACGACUCGGAGAUGGAAGACGCCGAGGAGGAUCCCAUCGUCGAAGAACAGAUUGUGUUGCGCAUGAUGGAAGGUCCUGAGUGCGACUACAUCAACGCAUGCCUGGACUCCAAAAAGUUUCCUUCGGGAGGCAUGGACUUCAAGCUCAGAUGGCUUAAUGAGCGGAGAGCGGUUGUCACGGUCCAAGGACGCAUGUAUGCGGCUGUACUCGUCGAUAUGCCGACGAUUACAGAGGGAAUGAAGACAUGGGACAAGAAGCUCAUGGUCAAAUCUGCGGAUAUCUCUCAGAUGCUACUCGUUUUCGCUAGAGUGAAUGACGAGGCUUCGGCACGGACAGCAGAGCUUCCCAAGGUCGUCUUCGACGGGCACAGGUGGCCACAUGGUCUGACGCCACCAAUGCAUGACGCGGUCCAUCGCAGGUUCCGCAAGCGCUUACACAAAAGUGAGAUUCUCAACAAGGAACAAGAGGUACAGAGGCUCCUUCAAGAAGACAAAAAUGCCAUCAGCACAAGGUAUGAAUGGAUUGAUGAACGGAGGGAUACGAUGCAGGCGGGCACGCCGGAUCUAGAUGCUGAAGGAGAAGAGGACGCCGAGGGUGAGAUCGAUGACGGAUGGGACGUGGGCGCGAACGAUACGGAUAUGAUCGACGCAGAGAUCGAGGCUCAGCUCGAGGCCGAACUCAAUGACCUGGGCUCGGAGAUGGCAGAGACUCCCACUCAGGAAGGCGCUACCCCUGCAGCCUUUGCUCCCGAAACACCAGCGGCUGGGGCCGAGGCCGCAGAACUGAAGAGUGGGGACAGAGCCUCAGUCGAAGGUGAGAGCGGAGAAGACUACGAUGAUGACGAUGACGAUUCCGACGACGAUGCGAACGAGGAGGAGAAGGAGCGCAGGGAGCAAGUCAGAGGUGUUCGCGAGGAUGUCAGAGACAUCGAAAAGCAGAUCAAUGCUUUGCGGGAAGAGCUGGCUAGUAAGACCAACUCGUUACUAAGGAAACGAAUAGAAGGCAGGAUCAAAGGUCACAUGGAAGACCGGCAGUUGAAGCUUGCUUCAAUUGGGGAACUACCACCAGAAGAUCAAGACCAGGACGAGUGA